GUGCGCUACAUGGGGGCGUGUCUGUCGUUUGAGGCUUUUCAACAGUCUGGUUUCCCUUACGCAUGACGUCACUGUGCGUGUAACCCGGAAGUAGUCUCGUGUAAUGACACCAUGGCAGCAGCAGCAGCUGUGAGGCACAGCAAGAUGGCGGAGUGUAUGUGUGAGAACCACUAAGGGCCUUGUGGGCUGUCAGAGUCGCAAGAAGAAGCCGGAGCAGAUUUGGAGGCUCUGCGGGAAGAAACAGCCCAGUGAUUGCUGUACCUCCCUGACACCGUGUGUGACUGGAAAACGCAAGCAGGACAAAUAUGGAUGAUUUCAGCUCAAUCAGUUUACUCUCACUGGCCAUGCUGGUAGGAUGUUAUGUAUCAGGAAUCAUCCCGCUUGCAGUCAAUUUCUCUGAGGAAAAAUUAAAGCUGGUGACUGUCCUCGGCGCUGGUCUUCUGUGUGGGACUGCGUUAGCUGUCAUAAUACCUGAAGGAGUCCAUGCUCUGUAUGAAGAAAUACUAGUAGCAAAACACCACGAUCUAGGGGAAAUCCAUAAAGUGAAGGAGGCAGAGACGGGAGCAGAGACCUCUGUGGCUCAUGAACACGAUCACUCUAAUUUGCACGCCUACAUCGGGGUCUCGCUUGUACUUGGAUUUGUCUUCAUGCUACUUGUAGACCAGAUUGGUUCGUCUCAUAUGCAUUCUGCCGAUGACCCAGAGGCAGCAAGAGCAGCCAGCUCCAAGAUUACAACAACACUUGGCCUUGUUGUUCAUGCGGCAGCGGAUGGGGUUGCCCUGGGUGCUGCCGCUUCUACCUCACAGACUAGCGUCCAGCUAAUUGUAUUUGUUGCCAUUAUGUUACACAAGGCUCCAGCAGCAUUUGGCCUUGUGUCUUUCCUCAUGCAUGCGGGACUAGAGCGAAAUCGCAUUCGGAAGCAUUUGCUCGUUUUUGCCUUGGCUGCUCCUGUCCUGUCAAUGCUGACUUAUUUGGGACUGAGCAAGAGCAGUAAAGAGGCUCUCUCUGAGAUUAAUGCUACUGGAGUCGCAAUGCUUUUCUCGGCUGGGACAUUCCUGUAUGUAGCCACUGUUCAUGUACUUCCAGAAGUAGGAGGAAUGGGACAUAGCCACAAGCCAGAUGUGGGUGCUGCGAAAGGGCUGAGUCGGCUGGAAGUGUGCGCCUUGGUGUUAGGGUGCCUCAUACCUUUGGUUUUAUCUAUAGGACAUCAACACUGAGACAGAGAGAAAAUAAAAGACCAAGUGCCAAUGUGUUGAACAGCUCCUCAUUUAACAGGACAGAUCCCAGGACAUUGAUAUUGUCUGUUGUGUAAUCAGAAAUGACUUUAGCGGAAUCCGAAAUUUCUGGCUGGUUGCUUUCAAUUUGUCUCACUAUUAAGUGGCAGCCAGUAUCAUCUGUAUAUACAUUGUGUUUUUUUUCUUUAUUAAUUUCUUUUUUUUUUUCUCUGCUUAAUGAUGCGUUCAGCUGUCAUGCCUUCAUCACUCUGAGACAACGGUUGUUGUAAUAACAAAUGGGCCACAUAGUGAAUAUUCUUGUAUUUAACCGUGGUUUAAUUCCUUUGGAGUAUGACGGUUGUAGAUUUUAUUUUUCUUCUUAGGUUAUUUGCAUUAAGCUCUGUGGAGUUGAGAACAAACAGAAACCUUGAUUGGCCGGCCGCAGAUGUGCGAGCUGCAAUAUCAGUGGAAAUCUCAAAAAGUCGCUUUGGGUAUGUAGGGAACUUUGCAAAACGGUAGUGAGAUUUCCCUAGACACCAUUGGAUAUGCUUUCAAUGAGAUAUUAAAGUUGGACCCAACAGCCCUAUCUGAUGGAAGUCUCAAGAACCUGGAAUAAGUCUGUUUGAGAAAUGAAGAGUGCAAGGCCUCAUCAGCUCGGUGUCUUGGUUUGAGAUCUUUUCCAGUAUCCUGGCACCAAAGACAGUGUUUCCUUCAUGUGAAAUCUUUCUAUAAUAAAUUUGUUGCAUUUGUACAGAACAUUCACAGCAUGCCUGGACUUCAAUAACUCUGCGGAAACGAUCCCUAAUAAAUCCCAUCAAGCCUUUAUAAUCUGACCGAUAACUCUUCACUCCUCAUCAUGGCGAGACUUGUAAAUGAAACAUUCCUGCAAUUUUCCACAAAGCCAGUGUUUUCAUUCCAGUAUUUCUGUGAAAUAUUUAGGACAGAGCAGUGUUUGGAUGAGGACCUUCUACUUUAGUAUCUCCUCUCCCAGCGUGUGUAUAAUCCACAAUAUUAUACACGGCGACUAUUGACUUCGUUCCAUUAUAUGAGGCUGUUUGCAAAAGCUGCUGCUGCUGUUUGGAGGUAGGAAAGCUUUUAUUCCAGAUGAUGACAGUUUUGGGGUGUUCUGCAGUCUGUUGAACUUGAACAUAUGUGGUGGCUGUUCUCUUUGGGGAGAUCCACUGACAACUUUUUAUUUCAGCCGCUUAUCAUAUAAACUCUGCCCCUACUUUCAUUGUUACCGUAUAUACUCGAGUAUAAGCCGAGGUACCUAAUUUUACCUCCAAAAACUGGGAAAGCUUAUUGACUCGAGUAUAAGCCUAGGGUGAGAAAUGCAGCAGCUUCUGGUAAGUUUCAAUCAAAAAAUUGAGGGUUUCUGCUCCCAUUGGAGGUGCCGGCGACCAUUCUUGGACGCCAUGCGACUAUUCUUGGACGCCAGCGACCGUUUUUGCGCUUGACCCGAGUAUAAGCCAAGGUAGAGUUUUUCAGCAUAUUUUGGGGGCUGAAAAACUCGGCUUAUACUCAAGUAUAUACGGUAAUUAAUAUGUUGGAGAGUAAAAUGCAGCAUUGGAUCUGUCAUGAAAUUAAGGCACACCAGCAGUUUUUGAGUCUUAAAAGUUCCUUUACUAUGGGGCGAACUCACAAAAGUGGUGAUAUUGAGACAAAAUAAAAGUGUCAGAUUUCCCACCAAAUUCACAAUCCUCUACCUCUACCCUCUCUAUCUCUUUUGUGAAUUUGUCUUUUAAACAGACCGUUGUCCGAUUUUGUCUUUCACACAACUUUUUAACAACAUUUUUUUUCUGAAUUUGGCUUUAGCUCUUACUACACCUGUCAGUCAGACAUCAAAUUGGAAUUUCCAGGGGGAAGGAGUUUAUUUUAUCUGGGAAAAUUAUAGGUUUUUUUUCCGGAUAACCUGGACUUUCUAAAUCUGCCGACAUCUUUUGGUAAUUCCACUUGAGUAACAAGAUAGAAAGGUCUAAAUACAAAAAAUGCUAUUUUGCUUUUGUAUUUUAUUAGCUUAGGUCAAGUGUCUAAUUGCUGCUAAAACUAAAAAACAAAUGGCUUGGAGGCUUUACUUUUCCUUUAGAUAAUAUAUUCACUCAAAUUGUUAAUAUUGCCUCAUUCAUUAAGAUAAAACCAGUAAAAUAACACAAGUGUGAGUUAAAACUUUUUACAUAUCAAACUGUAUAAAAUACACUUAUUUUGUUUAAUUAGGGGCCCAUUUACUUUGCUUGAGAGAAGGAAUAGAAUAAAAAAAACUUUGAAUUUCGAAUGGUUUUUUUGGCUACUUCGACCAUCGAAUUGGCUACUUCGACCUACGACUUCGAAUCGAACGAUUCAAAGUAAAAAUCGUUCGAAUAUUCGACCAUUCGAUAGUCGAAGUACUGUCUCUUUAAGAAAAAACUUUGACCCACUACUUCGCCACCUAAAACCUACCGAGGUGCAAUGUUAGCCUAUGGGGAAGGUCCCCAUAGGCUUUCUAACAAUUUUUUGGUCGAAGCAAAAUCAUUCGAUCGAUGGAUUAAAAUCCUUUUCGAAUGAUUUAAUCGUACGAUUGAACAAUUUUUCGUUCGAUCAAACUAUUUGCGGUAAAUCUUCGACUUCGAUAUUCGAAGGAUAUACAUUCGGCAGUCGAAUAUCGAGGGUUAAUUAACCCUCGAUAUUCGACCAUAUGUAAAUAUGCCCCUUAGUGUUUUACUUGUUUUGUUAAUGAGGAUUUUACACCAAUAGGGUUAGACACAAACUUGUGCCCUGAGUAUAAAAUGCUGAUCCUUAUUGAUAUGAUAAUAAUUCCCCAAUGGGGCACCUACAAAGGUGUGAAAUAAAGAUUGGGUGAAACAAAGAAGAACAGAUGAUCUUAGAAUUGAUUUUACACACCGGGAAGAAUUAAACUGAGCUUUACUCCCAUUUUUAAAAUGUCAGGAGAAAAUGUCGUUUUUGUGUAGUUUGAAAGACAAAUUCAUAAAAGUGUCUGUAAACUGACUUUCUUUCACUAAAAAGUGAAAAGUGACGGUUGAAUUUAGGCGGAUUUCUGUUUGGGAAUAUGGAGAAAGUAUUUUACACCAGUUUAACACCACUUUUACUCCAAAAAUGGGCGCUCUCUAGUGAUGUGCGCGGGUCGGGCGGGUCUGGGGUCGACCUUGCAGUGCUCCUCGCUACCUUCAAAUGCCGGCAUCCAACUUCCUGUUUUAGUCUCUUGCGUCUGCUCACCCGCCCCUUUUGUGAUGUCAUCGGCUGGGUGGGUCUAUAAAAGGACCCCCGGAAGCGGGUGCAGGGCGGGUUAGGGUCAGGGAAACCCUGACCCGCACAUCACUAGCGCUCUCCACUAGGGAUGCACCGAAUCUACUGUUUUCGAUUUGGCUGAACCUCCAAAUCCUUUGCGAAAGAUUUGCCCGAAUACUGAACCAAAUCCUAAUUUGCAUAUGCAAAUUAGGAGUGGGAAGGGGAAAACAUUUUUU